AUGUGCCCUUCGAGGAACACCCAAAGCCGCUCAUGCCGCUCACUCCUGCGCUUAGUCCAUUCGCACAGACUUGUCAAAGGGCAGCAACUGGACUUUUUCCGUAUAUGCCUUCGGACUGUUGGCGUGGAAAUGAGUGUUUGCAUUGUAGCAUGUUGGGAGGGACAGAAGGGUAAACUCUGUUAUAAUCAACAAGCUUUAGUUGAACGUGUUCUCUCUCUCUUCUCUGUUUUUUCAUUGUCCUUCCUUCCCCUUUUGUGUCUACUUCUAAAUGUCGAUGGCUUAUAUAGACUUUUUGUCGGUACGCUACAGCAUGGCAAACUAUUCCUCAGUUUCUCCUUAGACCUUUCCAGACGUCCCCAACGUUGUAUGUUGGCGUUAUGGAACUCGCGAUUGAAGGGAGGCGUGCUUGGCGGUCUAGAGUAUUCCAGGGCAUUGCAUCUAGAGUUCUAA